UCGUUUAUCUACUCCCGCUCUCCACCUCACCAUCUCACGCUCAUCACCAGUCCACUCCUUUAAAACUUAGAUUCGUGCAUUUAGUGUGUUAAGCUUGACAUGUCGUCCGAUAUCGCCCGUACGGAGGCGGUUGAACCCAGCGACGAGAAGUCAUACAAUGAGGAGGUGAAGGAGGAGCUUUUACCACAGCCUGUUAGCGCUGCACCUGCACCUGCACAUCCGAGACAAAAAUACUCGGCUGCAGCAAUCAUACCAGUCUGGAUCGUGCUCAGUUCGGCCGUCAUCAUUUACAACAAUCAUGUCUACAACAGGCUCGACUUCAAAUUUCCCGUAUUUCUUGUAACAUGGCAUCUUACCUUUGCAGCAAUUGGCACGCGUGUACUUCAACGUACUACACGUCUACUCGACGGCGCAAAAGACGUACACAUCACCAAAGACAUGUUCAUGAAAUCAAUCCUCCCCAUCGGCGUUCUAUUCAGUGGCUCGCUCAUCCUCAGCAACAAAGCAUACCUCUACCUCAGCGUGCACUACAUCCAGAUGCUCAAAGCCUUUAACCCCGUUGCCAUCCUACUUAUUACUUGGGUCUUCCGUCUCCAGGAGCCGAGCAAGAAACUUGCUUGCAUCGUCGUGAUGAUUUCCAGUGGCGUUGCUCUCGCAUCGCGCGGCGAGUUGCAUUUCGACCUUACAGGAUUCAUCAUCCAGGCAGCGGCGGUUGCGUUCGAGGCGUCACGACUUGUCAUGAUCCAGGUCCUUCUUCACGGACUUAAGAUGGAUCCUUUAGUAUCUCUUCAUUACUAUGCUCCGGUGUGCGCGUUGAUCAACUUAAUGGUGAUCCCUCUCACGGAGGGACUUGAGCCCUUCUACGAAGUGAUGCGCGUCGGGCCGUUGAUCAUGUUCUCAAAUGCUGCCAUUGCGUUCUUGCUGAACAUCGCAGCUGUUUUCCUGGUUGGUGCGGGUAGCGGUCUUAUUCUCACUCUUGCUGGUGUCUUCAAGGAUAUCCUCCUUGUAACAAGCUCUGUCCUCUUACUCGGUGUCGAGAUUACCCCUCUACAAGUAUUCGGAUACUCAAUAGCACUCAUAGGGCUCGUACUCUUCAAGACGUCGGGCGGGAAAUAAUAAUUUGCAUGGAACAAGUGAAAACUGACGAUACGAUACAUGGAUAUUUUUUGUUGGUUGUAUGCGCAUCUGGUUACGAAAACUUUCUCCACCUCCCCCUUUUCCCACUCUCAUCUUGGUCUUGGAUUGGAAAGACUCUGAUUGAUGGUUGCUUACUUCUUCACUUACUUUGCUCGCGUCGCUUGGGUCCGGAAGGGGGGUUAGGGAGCGUAACUUUCUGUCUGUCUAGGACUCGUAUGCUAUUAAUAAUGUCCCUUCUUCUCCCUCUCCUCCUCCUUCCUCUUCCCUCCUCCUCUCCUCUCGGCUCAAGCGUUGCCCCGUCUCCUCCGUGUCACUACCUACC